AUGACCGGAUGGGACUGCAAGGUCGAUGAGCAGAAGCAAGAAGGUCAUAUUGAAAUGAACAGCCCGGUGACUGAGAAAGUCUUCGUAAGCAUGAAAUGCAGCAGAGCGCUUGAUUCAACGCUUGCAAAUGACAAUGCCAACGUCGAAAGCGGCAUAUUUGUAUGGCGCUCUGCCCAGUUCAGUUUGGGGACUUGUGGUGUGUCGUUUCAUCCCGGAUUCUUCAUGCACUCAGCCCAAGGAAUAUGGUAUUCUUUCGUGACGGAGGAAGUAAACAUCCAACUAGGAGAAAUUCACUCAAGCGCUGCUCACCAGCCAGCUUACGCUGGUCUGAUGGACUAG